AUGGAUAGCGGCAGCAAGAUGGAAUCCAGCAAGCAGGCUGCGUCAGGCGGCGAGGCCAUGACAACAUCGCCUGAGCCGCCGGCGGCAGGCGGGGGUGGAGAGGAAGAGGUGGCCGGAGAGGAGGCGGCCGGGUCGCCACCGGCGGCUCCAGCUGCUGCUGCUGCUGCUAGCCCGAGGCCGUACUACGAGUGCGUCUUCUGCAAGCGCGGGUUCACCACGGCGCAGGCGCUCGGCGGCCACAUGAACAUCCACCGCCGCGACCGCGCCAAGCCGCCGGCCCGCGACUCGCCCACCGGCAUAACGUCCGUGUCCCACAACGUCGAGUGCUACAACAAGUACCGCCACUUGGUGUCGCCGCCGUAUUAUCCUCCGGCACAGUCGUCGACUCCGAUUCCGGUCGGUGCCGGCAGCAGCUUCGCUAUGUACUACGUGAGCUCCGGGACCUCGGCGGCGGCCGGAGCUAGGCUGGACGCCGAGGGCGGGAGCCCUAGCAGCGUGAGCCCCAAGGAGCUUAGCCUAUUCGGUGACGGUGAGGCCAAUCGCGAUCAAGACUUGCACCUGGGCCUCGGCCGCCAGGGGCACAUCGGCGGCGGAUCGCGCACGCCGGAGGGCGGGUUGGAGCGGCAGCAGUCCGGCGGCGAGUCGGAAAGGGAGCUGGACUUGGAGCUCAGGCUUGGGCGUCGUCCCAGGCAUUGA